GCUGUUCUUAAUCUUGCAGUAAAUGGUAGUCAGCAGAGUGGCGUCUUGAGCCAGAGAGAAUGACAUGUCAUACUCAUCAUAGGCACACACAGCGUUGAAGUCCUAGGAAGGGGGUCGAAAGACUUUACAACACCGGUGUCGACUUCUCCCACUUUCGGAAUACUACUUUCACUUGACAUCGGCUGUUUGACUUCCCCUGCUUGUUUUCUUAAAUAAGAAUUUUGUUUUUGGUGUCACUGCUAUGGCAGUCACAAUGCCGCUGAAUUCAAAUAUGGCUAGUAAGAACUAUGAUUACGACUAUGACUCGGUCCAGCCCUACUUCUACUUCGACAUUGAGGAGGAUAAUUUCUAUCACCAGCAACACAGCCAGCUCCAACCCCCUGCUCCAAGCGAGGAUAUAUGGAAGAAAUUCGAGCUGCUGCCGACACCACCGCUUUCUCCCAGCCGGCGACCCUCUUUAUCAAGCCUCUUCCCCUCGACUGCAGACCAGUUGGAGAUGGUCACGGAAUUUCUCGGGGAUGACGUGGUGAACCAGAGUUUCAUUUGUGACGCGGACUACUCCCAGUCUUUUCUCGAAUCUAUCAUUAUCCAGGACUGUAUGUGGAGCAGUUUCUCGGCUGCUGCUAAACUAGAGAAAGUAGUGUCGGAGAGACUAGCAACGCUGCAAGCGAGGAGGGACUCUAGUGCGACCGGGGAAGCUAGCACAGUAACCAGCACGAACCCUACCGUGAAUUACCUGCAAGACCUGAACAACUCCGCAUCGGAAUGCAUUGACCCUUCUGUGGUGUACCCUUUCCCGCUUGCGGAGAACCCUAAACCAGCCAAAACGACUACAGCGUCUGCCAUGGCAUUGCCUUUGGAUACCCCACCUAACAGUGGUAGCAGCAGCGAUAGCGAUUCAGAAGAUGACGACGAUGACGAGGAGGAGGAGGAGGAGGAAGAGAUUGACGUGGUGACGGUGGAAAAGAGAAAGUCUGUAAGGAGGUCAGACUCUAACAUGUCUAGCAGCAGCACACACCUCAGCCCCCUUGUCCUGAAACGGUGUCACGUCAACAUCCACCAACACAACUACGCCGCUCACCCGUCGACGAGGAGCGAGCAGCCCGUCGUCAAGAGGAUUAAGUUUGAGAGCAGUGGGAGAGUACUCAAGCAAAUCAGCAACAACCGCAAGUGCUCGAGUCCCAGAACGUCGGACUCUGAGGAUAAUGACAAACGCAGGACUCACAAUGUGCUUGAGAGGCAAAGGCGAAACGAGCUCAAGUUGAGCUUUUUCGCAUUGCGGGACGAGAUCCCGGACGUAGCGAACAAUGAGAAGGCAGCCAAAGUGGUCAUACUCAAAAAGGCGACCGAGUGCAUUUUCAGUAUGCAAACAGAUGAGCAGAAACUGUUAUUGUUGAAAGAACAGUUGAGGAAAAAGAGUGAACAGUUGAAACGCAGACUAGAGCAGCUGAGGAACUCUCAGCAAGCUUAAUGAAUGAGAGAAAGGACUCCAUAUUUUUAAGCCUUGAGUAACUUCCUGUGUAUAUUUGUGGCGUUGCAUGCAAACGCAAAAAUGACACGUUAGCACAGUUAUCGGCGCCACACCUGGACUAGAAUCGUAAAGUAAUCUUUUUUGUUUUCACUGCCUCGCUUGAACUUUCCAGUGGUUAUACAUUUUUUGUAUUUUAUUUUUAUUGAUGAAAGGUUCUGCACAGUUGUCUACCUUAACUUAAAAUGCUUUGUUUUUGUAUGUUUUGUACAUAAUUCUCAAAUGUAUUUAAGAAUGUAUUGAUCUCACAAAUACAUUUUUAUAAAUCACGUA